AUGGACGGAUCCGGCGGUGCCCCGAAGCCGAGCAGCAGCGUCAAGCUGGUCCUGCUCGGUGAAGCUGCCGUAGGAAAGUCGUCGCUUGUCUUGCGCUUCGUCAACAACGAUUUCCAGGAAAAUAAGGAGCCCACUAUCGGAGCCGCCUUCUUAACACAAAAGUGCAACCUUCCGACCCGGACAAUCAAGUUCGAGAUCUGGGAUACCGCCGGCCAGGAGCGCUUCGCCUCGCUGGCGCCCAUGUACUAUCGCAACGCCCAGGCCGCCCUCGUCGUCUACGACCUCACGAAGCCCACCUCACUCGUCAAGGCCAAGCACUGGGUGGCGGAACUUCAACGACAGGCCUCUCCGGGCAUCGUCAUCGCCCUCGUCGGCAACAAGCUCGAUCUGACAAACGACGCCGAGACCGGAUCCGCCGGCGACAACGAGGAGGCCGACGGAGAGGACUCUGGCGACGCUAGAAAGGUUUCGAUGGAGGAGGCCAAGACGUAUGCCGAGGAGGAGAGCCUGCUCUUCUUCGAGACCAGUGCCAAGACGGGCCACAACGUCACUGAGGUCUUCACGGCCAUCGCCAACGCCAUCCCCGAGACGUCGUUGAAGAGCGCGCGGGGUCCGGGCGCAUCGCACGCCGUGAGCCGCGGCGCAGAGGACCAGCAACGGGUCAACCUCACGGGCUCGAGGGAUGCGGCGGCGAAGGAGGGGUGUGCCUGUUAA